AUGUCGGGAAACACUCCAGGGCCAAGCAGGGCUUUGGAGAUCCAAGUGCCAUGUAUCGUCUUCCUUGUCACCACGCCGGCCUUUGUGGCGAUCCGACUGUGGUCCCGGGCCAAGUCCAAGGCCGGCCUGGGCUGGGACGACUGGAGCAUUUUGAUAUCUUCCGUAUUUGCCGUUAUCGUCAUGGCCCUGAUGAUUGCGUCCUGUGCCUAUGGCUUUGGCCAACAUAUCACGAAUCUCACAGCACCGCAUAAGCGAAUGACCCUGAAGCUCUUCUUUGUUAGUCAAGCUUUCUAUAAACUUACUAUGAACAUAACGAAGAUGUCCAUCUUGAUGCUAUAUCUGCGCAUUUUUAUCCAGCGUUGGUUCCGCAUCACCUGCCAUGUGCUCUUGCUUAUUAUCACCUCUUACAUGGUGGCCGCCUUCUUCGCCUCCGUAUUUCAAUGCACACCAGUAUCCCGAGCCUGGGACAAGACCAUUCCAGGAUCAUGCAUUGACAUAACCACCAACUGGUACGCCAACGCUGGCUUCUCGAUCGCUACCGAUAUCAUCAUAUUGGCACUGCCGAUGUACCCACUCUACAAGACGAAGAUGAUGUUGAAGCGCAAAAUCGCCCUGAUGAUUGUGUUUGCCCUCGGCGCCUUUGUCGCCGUUACAAGCAUUAUUCGGAUGCAGACCCUAGACUUCUCGUCCACCAGUCCCGACACUACCUACGACCUUGCUUCCUCAGUAUGGACGGUAACCGAAGAAAACGUGGCGAUCACUUGUGCUUGCCUGCCAAUGAUGUGGACGCCACUUACGAGGCUCUUUCCCUCCAUGGACCACGGGGCCGACAGCUAUGGAAGCUCGGCUGGCAAGAGCUCGGAUCAUAACGCCACCCCACAAUCUCGGAACAACUGGACCCAGCUUCAUGCGUAUCCCACCAAGGACAGCAUCAGCAUGAACCAAAUCAACGAUUCCCAAAACCGCCCCUCGGAAGAUAGCACGGGCCAAAUCCUCCCACCUGGCCAGGUCAGCGAAGCCCAAGCCGCAAGAACGAGUGAAAUCUCAUUAAAAUAUUAA